CAGUUUCUGCCACAGUCCAGACACGUUUAAGAAGCGGGUCAGUAAAAACACUUUCUUCGUGCUCGUGCGGGUGGUGGACGAGCUCUGUGUGGUGGAGCUGACGGAGGACAUCAUACGACAGCUGAUGGAUCUGGUCUUCCGCUUAGUGUGUAACAGUGAGCUGAGUCUGGCUCGCGUCCUCCGGAAGAACAUUCUGGAUAAAGUGGAGCAAAAGAGGCUGCUGCAGCACACACACAUCCUCCAACCACUCGCUGCACGUGGGGUCUCCGCCAGACCAGGAACGCUGCAUGAUUUUCGUAGCCAUGAAAUUGCUGAUCAACUCACACUUCUGGAUGCUGAGCUCUUUUACAAAAUUGAGGUCUUCUUCAGGAGGAACGGGGUCAGUCUGCUUGCUGAUUAAGGGUGACGUUUCUCUGAUGAAGGACGAUCUCCUAGAAACAGGAAGAUGUAGAAAUUAGUGUGACAUAAUAAUCAAUAAUCAAAAUACGUGUAGGAAUGAGUGUGAGUGCUUAACGUUAACGUACCGGUCUUCACAUCAGCCAUGUUCGACUGAACUUUGGAUUUCUAAUAAUUAUAAAAGAGCAGAGAAUUAUAUACAGAUCACA